AUAUAUAAAAAAAGUAGAUAAUCCAAUUGUCUAUCCGUGGUCUUUCUAAUUGUUGGCGUUCGUGUGGCUAUCAUUUUUGUGGCCCGUUUGGCCCCACGCCCACAAUAGUUGUUGACGGCGAUGGCCUCCUUACAUUCCAGUUGGCGUUUCGGAAAAAGAAGCAAAUUUCAAUUACGCAUUAAAGUUUCACAAGAUCCGGAAGACUUUUAUCGCCUAGAUCCAAAGAGAUCAGCUGCAGAGAAUGCUCACGAUAUCUAUGCAAUGCUCUGUCUGGAGGAGACACGGGACACCAAACGCCUCUUUCUGCUCAAUGCACUGGCCUCCCUUUGUUUGGCGGCAAGUACAGGAUCACCGCACAAUAAUUUGCGGUUCACCACGGAGGAGCUGCUCUAUUGUUUGAGCGCUUCUUUGGUACAUACAUUUACCCAAGUACGAGCGGCUGCUCUACGCACCAUUCGUUACGCAUUAAGCACGCCAAAGGACAUCAAAACCUUCAAUCAACUGCAGCUACACCAUUUGCUAUGUCGCUCCAUCGAUCUGAUGCUCAAAAACGACGAUGAACGAGUUCAGGCACUUAAAUUGGUUAGAAAAAUGCUGGCAAUUGCUCCAGAUGAGAUUAGCCCGGUGGUGGUACGUUGCCUGGUUUCGCUGGCGGACAGUGGAAUCGAGGAGAGUGAUAAUCUGCUGCGUGCCUGCCUAGCCACAUUGGCUGAAUUCGCUGUACUCAAUCCGGCUCUGCUGAUCGUCUGUGGUGGUGUUACCUCCAUUACCCGGAAUGUACUCGAGUGUCACAAUCCCCGCAUUGCCGAGAGCCUUUGCGGUGUUUUGCUCUAUCUGCUGGAAUGGCCACAGACGCGGAAUAUCUGCGGAGUUCGUCUAGACUGUUUAGCAGCACCCUAUUGUGACUUUACCUAUCGUUUGGGUAUCAUGGACAAAAACAAAGAUGCUAGAGAGCUUCGCUACACGAGUUGCCGCCUGGCCCUACUUUCCGUUCUGCGUAGCUGGACAGGUACACUUGAAUUCUGUGAUCCCAGUAAACCCUCUGGUCUGAAGGCCAUAGUCGAUGCUUUGUAUUUAAACCAGGUGGAAGUUCGAAAAGCUAUCUUGGACUUGCUGUACGAGCUACUUUCGUUACCACAGCCUGCCUGGACAGAUGAUUAUGCGGUGGCCUUACAGGCUGUGGAUCCUGCCGAUUUCCAGGAUAGUUGGCUGCUUACCAAUGGUUUCGUCUCUGCAGAGGGACGCUCAAUUUUGCCCAGUCUAGCCGCUCGGGCUCCCAAUGUUGUGGAACAACAUUUGGCCUUGCUGCUCUAUUGUUUUCUGGAAACGGGAUUGCUCAACGCUCUUGUAGAAGUGGCCGCAUCACCAGAUCAAUUCGUUUCAGUACGAGCCACCAUUCUCAUUGGCAAGAUCCUGCAGUUGAUGCACACUCAUCUCCCUGCAGAUAUUUGCAGUACCAGUCCCGCAUUGCCCACGCUAAUCGGCCAUGCCAGUCAAGGCAAUCAGCAGGCCAAUGCUGCGGUAGCUGCCCUCCAAAAUUAUCAGAAAAUGCUGCGGGAGAGGCCGGCCUCGUGUAGUCUUUUUCUAGACAGCAUUAUCCAGGGUGGUUCCCUGACUCAGACGCGACUCUUUCGACGGCACCUCAAUGUGCAGGAACAGUCGACAAAUUCGUCGCUGCAGCUACUGGAUACGGCUCCGGUUGGUGGUCCUGGUGGUGGAGGUGGCACAUUAGGCCGCCAAACUGAAAGAACACGACUGGAUUCCGUUUCUUCAAGCGAUGAAUCUAAUUCCCAGACAUCUGGUUCAUUGCGUUCCAGCUUUCGGCUGAAGCGUAAGCUGUUGCCCCAAGUCUUUUUUGAUAAUUUCCGAGCUUUCAAUCGUCUGUUAACCGAGUCGCAUGUGCUUACCCAGACCGAUGCCAGUGCCUGGGACUGGGAUGUGAUUACCACAAUAUUGAGAUCGAAUCUCAUACGCAAACUAGAUUACACACUGGGAAAGUUUCUCAAGCGUUUGGUCGAUUUCUACAAGCCGAGUAACAAUCGUUUUUCACAUCAAGAUUUGGUACCUGGCCAUAAUAUGCCAGCCUAUGUUAGUGCUGGUUUGGAUUUGAUUGAUGUCCUGCUUGGAAGCAGCGAGUUGGAAUGCAUGCGCUAUAUUACGGAUUACUUUUCGGAUAUUAGCCAACAUCUGCUCGCCGUGACGACAUCGAAUCGUGCUCACGAUUGUCUAUUUAGUCCGCAGCAUAUGAAUAACACAAUGUGCCAGCAGUAUUUCCUCUACAUAGGUCGAAUGUGUCGCUCCGCCAAAGGCAUCGAAGUGCUAAAGAACACAACUGUAUUUGAAUAUCUCAUCACUUUGGUGCGAUUGACGGAUCAUGUGUGUUAUGUCAAGCUUAUAGUAUCCGGAUUAAAUUAUAGCUACGAGAAAUGGCCACGUCAAGUGCUCGAGAAAGCUUUGACUUUGGCCAAGACACGCAAUGGUCGUCUCUAUGCUACCCAGUUUCUGGCCGUGCUCCUUCGUGCCCGUCUUCCCAAUUUUGAAGUGUGGGGCCUUCCGUUGAUUAUUCAGCAGACAAAGGAUGCGGAUAGAAGCGUGUCAUUGGCUGCCAUGGAUGUCUUGGAAGAGGCAUGCCACGACAAGUACUAUCUAGAGGAAAUUGUCAGUCUGUGGCCACAGCUCAAGCAAUUGGGAGAUGUGGGUCGAUUGCUAAUGUCACGAUAUUAUUCGUUAUCGCGCGGCUUAAACAGCGCCAAGGCUCGAAUCGAAGAAGAGAUUAAAUUCUGGAGAAAUGGCUAUAACAAGCGCUAUGUGCUGCUCGUGGAGGCCGAUACGCAUGCUAGCCUGACUCUACACAUUCGCAACGAGGAUGGUUACUAUUCGCGACGCAAUUGCAAUCAACGGCCGCAGAUGGUUCCACCCAAUAUACCGCCACAUCUUUAUGGCCAAAUGGCACAGACUACCCAAGGCAUGACGGCAUUAAGGAAUCAUGCGGAUCUGGCGCAUUUGCUGGAUGUGAUCACGCGUGGCAAGUGUACCGAUGAUGCUGAAUGCUUGGAACUGAAGUCCGCGAUCUGGGCAUUGUGUCAUGCCUCCACACAUGCAAAUGGAAUUGAAUACUUUGUCGAGCUGAAUAGCCGACUUUAUGAGAAACUCAUUGUGUUGGUCACAAAGUGUGAGGUGUACUCGGUGCGGGCCACCUGCUUCAGUGCCUUGGGUUUGGUUGCCGGUACCCAGGAGGGAGCCAAUAUACUCUUUAAACUAAAUUGGUUGAGCAUUCGUCAUGAUAGGAAUACCAUGUGGCCUGUACAUCAGCCGGAAGAUUGGAUGAGCAAUCAGUUAACACCCGUGCGACAUCACUACGAAGAUAUGCCGCCGUACAACUAUGCAGGCAUCGAAGAUCAAAUCGAUGGCUCCUACUACAUGGGCAGCUAUUGGAAUCUCCAGGAAGGAUCAGCCAACACCACACUUCCUGAUGUUAAUGCUCCCAUAACAGCAACGACCACAAUGAGCGAUGAAGUAUAUCCACAGCCGCUGCGAACGCUGCCCAGUGGCGUGGCUGCCAAAUCGAAGACUUUGCCCGAGGGCAGCAAUCUCCGGCAGGGUAAACAUCAACGUUCGCUCUCCGAAUCGAAGACAACUGAUGUGAUAAGCCUGCUGGGUGGACCUGUGAUAGCCGGCGGUGCCAGCAGUGGCGGACCAAUGCACUAUCAACAUCGUAUACGGUAUAAUUCCUGCACAGACUCCAAUACAUCGGGCGUGAGCAGCUGCGAGUCGGUGACAGGACGGACGGCAGCAGCAGCUGCUGCAGUGGCUGGAGAUUUUCAACAGUUUCCCCUAAGUCCGAUACCCAGUUUGUCCAAUCUCCUGGAGUUGCAGCAGCCACUAACAUCGCAGGUAUUGCUACGCCGCACCUCCCUUCUGGGCACUAGUUUUCUACCCCAUGCCCUCAGUCCGAUGGCCAUGAAGGGAUACGCUCAACUUCGUACUCUGCGUGCCCACAGUCGGCCUGUGUUCUCGGAAUCGGCUGCUGAAUUGUAUGACUUCAUGGAUAUCGUGGAUCGGGCGGAGGGUGGACGGACACGUAAAUACUCCUGGGGCGAAUCACAGCGACGAAGCGUCAAAGUGCGAAGCUUUGACCGCCAGACGAUGCUCAACGUGUUUUCAAGACUUUCGACGGAGGAGUUGCAAGUGCCUCUGCCCACACUGAAUGCACCCAAGUUCCUGCCGCCAAAUGACCUAAAGGGUCCAUGCUAUGCAGGCAUCUGUCUACCCAAAAAUGCCCUCGAUUUGUUUCCAACACGCAAUUUAAAUCGAACUUAUGUGUCACGCGAUAUCCAGGACCAGGAUGUGAUGGGUAUGGGCAUUAAUUGUCUUAGCUCGGGACGGCAACAGAUUCUCAACGAUUCGCUUAACAACGAAGGUGGCGACGAAUCCUCGGUAAUAUCCUCGUUGUCGGAUGUGUCGUCUUCGGCGAGUCGUCGCCAACUGCCCAAGUGGCAGCAUCAGGGGGCGAAGCAUGCAAGGAGUCAGUGUCUCCAUUGCGCGCGCUUGUCGCGUCCUCAAUCCCGACCAGAUGCCCAUAAUAAUGGUGCCUUGACAUUGGCUCCAGCUCCGUGUGAGCUUUAUAGCAGUGCAGCUGCUGCACUGGUGGCUGCCGGCAUGCAGGCUGGACCCGCCUUGGCUUCUGCUUCUGCCAAAAAGAGUGGAUCCAGUGGAUCAAUGCACUUGGGUCCGGACAUUAGUUUCCAUUCGCCAGAGAGCAUACUUAGUGAGGAGAGCCUGCCGGACAGGCUGACUGCCUCCAUUUUAUACAAUAUCCAGCGGCUGGCCAAUCCAGUCAGUGCCAAGCAAUCUAAGAUGGCCCUGUUGGAGUUGAAGCAGAAGCAUCCUCAUGCCUUCCAGGACAUUUGCCUGUACUCCGAGUCGUGCAAAACUCUUGGCCGUAGUAGCUACCGCAUGAGUGCCCGCCGGUUCCUGCAAGAGCUUUUCCUGGAUCUGAACUUUGACACGUUCUAUGUGGAGCCUCAGCUCAUAAUUGGUUCGCGCAAGUUGCCAACUGAAGAGAAAGCUGAUAUUCCGACCCUUAGCACAACUGUCUCGGCACCUGCACCAUUGCUAUCGCAUAAGACCCAAUUAAAAGCCAAGCCGGCUGGCCAGUUGGCUAGCGUAUACGAGACUAGCUGGGAAAAUCUGCUUAUGGAGCAGUCACCCCGACUGGGAGCCACUAAAAUGCCCCCAAAGACAAUGCCAAUGCCAAUACCAAUACCAAUACCAAUGCCAAUCAAUGAAUUGCAUAUCGAGGAUACGAUAACAAGGAGUCCAGUGAAUAAGCCAGAUGAGAGAGACGAGCAAGAGGAGGCUGGUGAAGAUGUCUGCGAUGGGAUUAAUAUAAAUACCGGCGACAUUAGUGCUCGAAGCUGUGGUCAAAAAGAAGUGGAGAAGGCUUCUGCUAAUUCUCAAGCAAAUUUGGUCAAUGACAAUCGACAAUAUACCCGCGGACGUUUCUAUACACUCGAAUUGGAUCUAAGUUGUAGUAAAAAUAAGUUUCCCAUCAGGGAUCGUAACCGUGCUGCAUCGACAACAUCAUCAUCAUCAUCAACAACAACAUCAACCACAACAACCACGACGACGACGACGACAGUCACCUCCACCACGCCAGUUGCAGGCUUCUUUCAGCGGCAAAUAAGUGCAGAUGCGACCACACCGACUAAUGCAACUAAUGAGGCACCAUUACACUAUUCAAAUGUGACCAAAAGUUUGUCAGCAUCUAUGGCUAAGCCAGUUGGUCGGUUAUACUGUGAGAAACGUUUGCAAGGAUCCAAAUCGGAGGCGGUGCUUGGAUGCGAUGCGAAUGCGGUGUACGCCACAAGUGGAAAUGGCAGGAUUGGGUGGAAUAACAAGCUAUCCACAUCCUAAAAAAGGUUAUUAAAAGCAAUAAUUAAAGUUAACAUUUGCUUUGUCUCCCACCUAACCCCGACUUGCAGUUCGACUUCUUCUCUUAUUAAUGGGGUCUUCAAGCAAUUGUAAUAUACAUACAAACAAAUACAUAUAUAUAUUGUAUAUAU